AUGAAGGGAGCAAGGCUAUUUGUCCUGCUUUCUACUAUAUGGAGUGGGGGUUUUGGACUUAGUGAGACUACACAGACUUGGACUACAUCCAGUGAUGAAAACUCCCAGAAGAAUGUAACCUCUGCUUUAACUCCUUUAAAUGAAACGCAAAGUCUCCAAAUGCUUCCAACCUCUCAGAUGCCAGCUGAGAUGGCCACUGAGGCAACUACCACGGAAAAGAGUCUUCUACCAUCAGCAUUGUAUCCCUCAGACACAAGUGCAUCUCCGGAGGGUGCAAGUAAGCCAGCCCUCACAUCCACGCAGAAGACCGAAAGGGUGAUAAAGUUACAAACUCUACCUUCCCGAUCCAAAUCUAGCAUCAAGUUAAGUCCUGGAGGAGAGUCAGUGGUCCUUUCCAACUCCACACUGAAAUUUCUUCAGAGCUUUGCCAGAAAGUCAAAUCAACAAGUGAUUUCUCCAAACUCAGCUGGCAGCUUGGGAAAUCGAUCCCCGCGGGAAAUAGAUCUCAGCAGAGGUGACACCAGAGAAAGCCAGAGAACCAACUAUCAAAAAUCAAGCUUUGAAACAACUAGAGGAAAGAACUGGUGUGCUUAUGUACAUACCAGAUUGCUUCCCACAGUGAUUCUGGACAACCCAGCUACUUAUGUUCCAAGUGGGAGAGGGCUUUGUGGCUGGAACAGUGGAUUCUGUCCCAAGAGAUCUCAGAGGAUAUCAAAUCCUGUCUACAGGAUGCAACAUAAAAUUGUUACUUCAUUGGAGUGGAAGUGCUGUCCUGGAUUCAGUGGAGCAAAAUGUCAGCUAAAAGCCCAGGAACAGCAGCACUUGAUACACACCUACCAGGCUGAGAGUCACGCAGCCGUUGACGGAGGGACGGCCGAGCAGCGACAACAGCAGCAGGGCUGUUGUGACCCAGCAGUGACACAAAAAAUGACUGACCAGAUGAACCACCAAGCAACGAAACUGACUCUUUUGCAGAAGAAGAUUGACGAUAUUUCUUUGGCUGUGACCGAUGUAAGGAACACAUACUCCUCCUUAGAUGAGAAAAUCAAUGAAAAUAAAGGCAGCGAAUUUCAAUAUUUUCUAAAAGGUAUAAAAUCCAACAGCAUUAAUGAUCUGGUAAAGGACAUAGUUAGACAACAAUUUAAAAUUUUCCAAAAAGACAUGCAAGCGACUGUAACACAGCUCUUCAAGAAUGUAUCAAGACUAUCAGAGGACCUUGAAGACACCAAACAUGUCAUUCGGCAAGUAAAUGAAUCCAUGGUCUCAAUAGCAGUCCAGCAAAAGUCGAUUUCAAUGCAGGAAAAUGGGCCCACUUUGACUGAUAUACUAGAUCUUAAAAAUCGCAUUGUAAAUCUAAGGCAAGAAAUGUCUUUUACAUGUGAGAAAUCUAUCAAAGAACUAGAAGCAAAGCAGACUCAUUUAGAAGAUGCUCUAGAACAGGAACACUCAAGAAAUAUUCUGUAUUACGAAUCCCUCAAUAAAAUUCUUUCUAAAAUGAAGGAAGUACAUGAAGAAUCAACAGAACAAAUAUCACAGCAGAGUGUUCCAGCUGCUGGAUCAGUUAGCAAUAAUGUCACUGAGUACCUGUCUACUCUACAUGAGAAUAUAAAGAAGCAAGGUUUGAUGAUGCUGCAAAUGUUUGAUGAUUUGCACAUCCAAGAGAGCAAGAUUAACAAUCUCACCAUUACUUUUGAAAUGGAGAAAGAAUUUUUCAAAGGUGAAUGUGAACACAUGUUAUCCGAGUGCAGACAUGAUUUUAAAUUUCAAAUUAAGGACACAGAAGAGAAUUUACAAGUUUUAAACCAAACAUUGGCUGAGGUUCUCUUUCCCAUGGAUGAUAAAAUUGAUAAAAUGAAUGAGCAACUAACUGAUUUGACCCAUGAUAUGGAGAUCCUUCAACCCUUGCUUGAGCAGGGAGUAUCUGUUAGAAAAACAAUGAUAUAUGAACAACCAAAAGAAGCAAUAGCUAUAAGGAAAAAAGUAGAAAGUCUGACUAAUGCUGUCAAUAGUCUAAAUUCUCUUAUCAAAGAACUUACAAAACGAUACAACAUACUAAGAAAUGAAGCUCAGAGUCGCACUGAUGCCUUAGACAGACGUAUCAAUGAAUAUGCCUUAGAAUUGGAAGAUGGUCUAAAUAAAACAAUGACUAUUAUAAAUAAUGCCAUUGAUUUCAUUCAAGAUAACUAUGUGUUAAAAGAGACUUUAAGUACAAUAAAGUGCAAUCCCACAGUCAAUGAUAAAUGUACCCAAAAUAUGGAAACUAUUUUGACAUUUAUUCCUCAAUUCCAGCGUUUGAAUGAUUCUAUUCAGAUUUUAGUCAAUGACAAUCAGAGAUAUAACUUUGUUUUGCAAGUUGCCAAGGCCCUUGCAGAUAUUCCUAAAGAAGAAGAACUAAGUCAGUUCAACUUACAAAAGAUUUAUCAAAUUGUCAGUGAAUCCGCUUCCAGGGUGAAACGAUACCAGGAGAAUAUGAGUCAUUUGGAAGAAAAAAUGUUCUCAGCCACAAAGAUUUCCAAAAAUUUUGAAACUCGGUUGCAAGACAUUGAGUCUAAAGUGACCAAGAUGCUCACACCUUAUUAUGUUUCACUAAAACAAGGCAGUGCAGCCACUAAUAAGAAAGGCCAGGCUCUUCAACUGCAAGUAUUAAAUUCUAGAUUUGAGGCACUAGAAACAAAAUCUACUCAUCUUUCAAUUAGCUUCUCUUUACUUAACAAAACUCUCUAUGAAGCUUUAACAAUGUGUCAUAAUGCUUCUUCACGUGUAUCAAAACUGAAUGCUACCAUACCUAAGUGGCUAAACGAUUCUCUACCAGAUGUUCAACUUCUUCAGAAAGGUCUGACAGAAUUUGUAGAAUCAGUAAUUGAAAUAAAAACUCAAAUUGCUCUAUCUAAUUUAACUUGGCAUAUAAAUCAAUCAUUGUCUAGUAGUCUUGCAAAUGUUUUCAAGUCUCAGAAGAAAGUAAAACCAUUGCUGAAGAAACCCAAUGCACUUAAGAACCCAUCAAUGAAUGUUACCACUGCCCUAAUUGGCCAAACCCAAAGAAACACAAACAACGUUUUAUCUCCUGUAACAGAAGAAGCGUGUAGCAGGUCCCCAUGCCAGAACGGGGGCACGUGCGUAGAUGGGAGGAGGAGCUUUGUCUGUGCCUGCCGACAUCCCUUUACUGGUCACAACUGCACUGUCAAGCUAAUGGAGGAAAACGCUUUAGCUCCAGAUUUUUCCAAAGGAUCUUACAGAUAUGCACCAAUAGUUGCUUUUUUUGUGUCUCAUACAUAUGGAAUGACUACACCUGGUCCUAUUCUAUUUAAUAAUUUGGAUGUCAAUUAUGGAUCUUCAUAUACUCCAAGUACUGGAAAAUUCAGAAUUCCGUAUCUUGGGGUAUAUGUUUUUAAGUAUACUAUUGAGUCAUUUAGUGGUCAUAUCUCUGGAUUUUUAGUGGUUGAUGGAAGAGACAAGCUUGCAUUUGAAUCUGCAAAUAUUGACAGUGAAGUACAUUGUGAUAGGGUUUUGACUGGGGAUGCCUUAUUGGAAUUAAAUUAUGGGCAGGAAGUGUGGCUACGACUUGUAAAAGGAACAAUUCCAGCCAAAUUUCCCCCAGCUACUACCUUUAGUGGUUACUUGCUAUACCGCACGUAAAUUAGUGGGAGAGACAGACCGUCACCCUUACUGAGGAGUAGCCAGUGUUUUUAUCUACCUUUGCAUGCACAUUGGUUCUAUUUUUAAUUUUUCUA